GCUCGGCGCUCCUGCCUCAUUUGCCGCUGCCGGGGGCCGGGGAGAGCCUAGGCGGCCUCCGGAGGGUCGUGCAGACCUCUGACCCUGGAGUCUCGCAGCCGCCGGGAGCCGUCCCGUUGGGUCGUCUCCCGGGCUACCCGCCGUUCUCCGGCCCCCAGGGGAGCGGCCGGCCGCAGUGUGGGGAGAGGUCAGCAUGAGCCGGGGGGUCCGGCGGGCCGGCGCAGGGCAGGGGGCGGCGGCCGCAGUGCAGCUGCUGGUUACCCUGAGCUUCCUCCCGAGCGUCGUCGAGGCCCAGGUCAUCGGAGUCCUAGAUGAUUGCUUGUGUGAUAUUGAGAGCAUUGAUAACUUCAACACCUUCAAAAUCUUCCCCAAAAUAAAAAAAUUGCAAGAACGAGACUAUUUCCGUUAUUACAAGGUUAAUCUGAAGCGACCAUGUCCUUUCUGGGCAGAAGAUGGCCAUUGUUCAAUAAAAGACUGUCAUGUGGAGCCCUGUCCAGAGAGUAAAAUUCCAGUUGGAAUUAAAGCUGGGAGUUCUAAUAAGUACUUGAAAGUGGCAAACAAUACCAAAGAAUUAGAAGACUGUGAGCAAGCUAAUAAAUUGGGAGCAAUUAACAGCACUUUAAGUAUUCAAAGCAAAGAAGCUUUCAUUGACUGGGCAAGAUAUGAUGAUUCACAGGAUCACUUUUGUGAACUUGAUGAUGAGAGAUCUCCAACUGCUCAAUAUGUAGACCUGUUGCUGAACCCAGAGCGUUACACCGGCUAUAAAGGGCCCUCUGCAUGGAGAGUGUGGAACAGCAUCUAUGAAGAAAACUGUUUCAAGCCUCGAUCUGUUUAUCGUCCUUUAAACCCUCUGGCACCCAGCAGAGGAGAAGAUGAUGGAGAAUCAUUCUACACAUGGCUAGAAGGUUUGUGUCUGGAGAAGAGAGUCUUCUAUAAGCUUAUAUCGGGACUUCAUGCUAGUAUUAAUUUACAUCUAUGCGCAAAUUAUCUUUUGGAAGAAACCUGGGGUAAACCUAGCUGGGGACCUAAUAUAAAAGAAUUUAAACGCCGUUUUGACCCUGUGGAAACCAAGGGAGAAGGUCCACGAAGGCUAAAGAAUCUGUACUUUUUAUACUUAAUUGAGCUUCGAGCUUUAUCAAAGGUGGCCCCAUAUUUUGAGCGCUCAAUUGUCGAUCUUUACACUGGAAAUGUAGAAGAAGAUGCUGACACAAAAACCCUUCUACUGAAUAUCUUUCAAGAUACAAAGUCCUUUCCCAUGCACUUUGACGAGAAAUCCAUGUUUGCAGGUGACAAAAAGGGGGCCAAAUCAUUAAAGGAGGAAUUCCGGUUACAUUUCAAGAAUAUCUCCCGCAUAAUGGACUGUGUUGGAUGUGACAAAUGCAGAUUAUGGGGGAAAUUACAGACUCAGGGUUUAGGAACUGCCCUGAAGAUAUUAUUCUCUGAAAAAGAAAUCCAAAAGCUUCCAGAGAACAGCCCAUCUAAAGGCUUCCAACUCACUCGACAGGAAAUAGUUGCUCUUAUAAAUGCUUUUGGAAGGCUUUCUACAAGUAUAAGAGAGUUACAGAAUUUUAAAGUCUUAUUACAACACAGUAGGUAAUAAAGGCUUUUGUAUGUCUAAUUAGAGACAUAAAGUGACUGUGUGAAGCCUUUUAGUCUUGGACAUUCAGCAGAAAGAGACUAACCUUCAAAGACUUCAAGAAUUCUGAACUCUUAAAGAGAAAAUUCAAAUGUUCACUUGAAUAUUUAUGAUUCUUAAUAGAUUAUCAAUUCAAGAUAUUUAUAAAUGAAGUAUAUACUUUUAAAACAUGUAAGUUAUACUAAUUCUGUGUUUAAUUUUGUAUGUUUCAAUCUGUUAAAUAGUCUGCUAUUCUGUUUGUGUAGAAUUGGUUUUGUUCUAUGUAGUAUCCUUUACUUCCAGUUGUCAAACUUAAAUGGCCAUGUCUCCAUCCUAAUAACACUGUUAACAUUCUGUUAUGGAAAAGGAGAGCUAGGGAGCAAGUGUUGCUUAGGGCUAGUAUCAGUGAUAAAAAUUUAUCAGAUUUUAAAAUGUGUUUUUAGCCUUGCCUAGCUUUGGGUGUCACCUUCUAUAUGAAAGUGUCAGUGUGAUGAAUGGCCCUUUCAAUGUAUAGUUAGAGAAGUUACUUAAGACUCCCCAGGACUUUAAUUUCAUUGGUUUUUAUUUAGGAUUUUAAAUUGCUGUUGUUGUUACUGUUUUGUUUUGGUCUAAAGGACCUGCUUUGGUAAAGGUGAAUAAGUACUGUCCCCUAUGCCACCCAGCCAGAUUUCAUGUGUGUAUAGUGGGCUGGCUCAAGAGGAUUCUUUACUUAGAACCUGUAAAUCAGUUUAUUUCGAUUUUGUGUUUCUCUGUCCUUACUCCAAUUUUAGAAGUUUUUGUUUACUUUAGGAAAACAAAAAAAAUUGUAUAAAUAUUUAAGUUUCCAUCUUGAUAAAAUUUGAAUGGGAUUAUAUGGAUUUAUAAUGUCAAUUUAAACAUUAUUUACACAAAAUUUACUAUUUUAAAGUAAGCAUUUUUAAAGGAUUUUAUUUUAUAAUACAAUCUAUGCAAUCCUCUCUCAAUCUGAUUUUCUUUGGUAGGAUAUUUAAGCAGGUAGGAUAGUUCAACCCUCCUUUAAACUUCCCCUCUCUCCACUUUUUCUUUUCAUUUUAGUUCUUUGUAUAUAAAUGGUACUUCAUGUGACUUGUACCAACAGAUGACUCCUAAGUCCUUGUCAUUUUUCUAAACCUGGGAUUUAAAUAUCCUUAAUAUUUAAAAUAUUGCUUCUUUUUAAAGGUGUUAGUAAACAUAAUGUGAUUAAUUUGGAGGUUGCGUCUGUGUAGAAGUAAUGCGGGUACAAAAUUGAGUUUCUCCUUAGACUCUUCAGUCUUUUAUGAAGCAAAUAAGUGCUCUUAAAUCUGUAUCUUAUCCUGACAAAGUCUGGAAUGUGUUUAUUGAUGAUUUAGUGGCAUAUUUUAAAUUGUAUUUAGUUGGCUCACCCCUCUCUUAAAAAUAUUUAGUUGUCCCUUGGAGGAAUAUGGUUGGAGGGAGUAGGGUCUCACUAGUUAAUUAUUUUCUUACCCAAUUUGUAACCUUUAUAGACCCUGUUUUUUUUGUUGUUAUUGAUGGUGGUGGUGCUUUUUGUUAAGUUAAAUAAAACAGGCUCGCUUGAUUGGA